AUGGCGCCCGCCAGACCAUUGAAGCGCCAAAAGACCAACCCAACUCAGGAACUGCACCCAGAGACGACGGCUCAACAGCAGGCUCAACAGGCUCAGCAGGCACAGCAGGCCGCCAGCGUCUCUCUUCCCCCAAAUACUCCUCCCGCUUCAAGCCCUUCGACUCCAAAACAAGACCAAAGAUCGUCAUGGCUCGUUCGAACCUGGCCUCGCAAGGCUCCUCCUCUCACCCAGACGCAUCGUGAGAGUGUCUCAUCCACCUCCACAUCCCCCAAUGCGGCUCCAUCUAUCACUACGCCGACGGCUCAGGAGAUGACCUUGCCACAAAAGGAGAAAAUAAAGUCCCAGAGAUCGCCCUCGUUAGCAAUGACGCUGGGGAAAUCAACCUCAAACCGCUCCCUUCCUAUCGAUGCCACCACUACUCUUGUCUACGCCACUCCAGAAGCUGCCAGCUCUUUAGGCAAAAGGGAAUCACAGCCAGAUUUGCCCACUAAGACCAAGAAUACCGGAAGUGCGCCUACGACGGCAGGAGAUGAGGAACAGCGACCAGAGAAGAUGGAUGGUAGUCCAGCCCUGCCAGAGGUAGCGUCAGAGCCAACACCAGAGACUUCAAAACCCCCUGAACCUCCUCAGCAAGUGCCAGAAUCUCAAAGUAUGUGGUUUAGUUGGCUAGGUAGAAGAGACGGCAAUUCAGCGAAACCUGCAGAAGUGCAACUACCAUCACAACCACCUCCCAAGCCUGUAGAGGAGCCUGAAAUCACUCCAGCGGUCGAGACAUCUGCGGGGCCCGUAAAUCCUCCACAGGAAAUGCAAGAGCAAGCGAAACCAAUUUCUACAAACACCAACAAUAAAAGGAGCUGGUAUCAAAUGUGGAGCAGCGGUGAUCAACCCCCUGGCGGAUCAACAAAGCAGGCAGAACCUUCAUCCGAGCCACCACAGCCCAGUACCGUGGAAACGGCUGAGAACUCAGAAGUUGCAAAGAAACAGACAGAGAACCUCGACAUUCCACCGCCCAAGACGCCCAAGACAAAAUCGGGGUCUCAAGCUUCGUCCCUCGAAACCUCACCACCACCACAACUUCCGGGGGACGGAUCCAAGUCUUCAGGAUGGGUGUUUUGGUCUCGAGAAAAGAAACGCCCUGAGUCUACGAAAUUAGAGAAUGAGCCCCAUGUCGGCGAAAUUGCAAUAUCAAAUACACCUUCGCAGACCCGGCCGAAACGAGCCUCCAUCAGUCUACAUGACGACGCUGCAAAACCCGUGGUAAAGCCAUCUCCGCAAGGACAGUCAAACAAGACCACAGGACAGAAACCCAUCGGAACAAAGCAACAGCCAGUGACAGAGGAGAAGCGCACCCCAAAAACCCAGAAGAAAGCUGUCCCCGCGAAACAGGAACCCUUGACCACCAAAGCUGAAUCAUCCAAUGCAACGGCCAUUGCGCGGGAACCCGCCAAAGCUCCAACACCUUGCCCAGCGUCCCCAGCACCUUCGAAAAAAGAAAAUGAAGACAGGAAUUUGCUCCUUCCCCUACUCAAGAACACGCUCACCUUAGAAGAACAACCCUCGCUACUCCAGCAACUAGCGCGCCUCCUCUACUACACCAAAGAAUCUACUCAGUUAAACCACCUCUCCCUGGUAAGAGAGCCGCCUCGAAUAAACAACGCCCUGGCAAUUGGCGUUCACGGCUAUUUUCCUGGUCCCAUGGUUCGAUCGCUUAUAGGCCAACCCACCGGCACCAGCAUCAAAUUCGCCGAAAAGGCGGCACAAAACAUUCGAAAAUACACAAAAUCUCAGGGUUACGAAUGUGAAGUCAAAACCGCAGCAUUGGAAGGCGAAGGACGCAUUGCCGAACGUGUCGAAUUGUUAUGGAAACUCCUCCUGAACUGGAUCGACGAGAUUCGAAGAUCCGACUUCGUCAUGAUCGCAGCCCAUUCUCAGGGUGUCCCUGUGGCACUAAUGCUCGUGGCCAAACUUAUACAUUUCGGCUGUCUCUCGUCGACUGCCCGUGUGGGGGUCUGCGCCAUGGCCGGUGUGAAUAUGGGUCCGUUUCAGGACUACAGAUCCCCCUGGAUAACGGGUUCCGCUGGAGAGUUGUUCGAAUUCACAGACCCUGCCUCCAAGGUGUCCAAAGACUACAUGGCCGCCAUCUCCGACUGCCUGAAAUUUGGAGUUAAAGUCACCUUUGUGGGGAGCAUCGACGACCAAUUGGUAUCCAUGGAGUCAUCAAUCUUUGCACCACUGACACAUCCACACAUCUACCGCGCGGUCUCGAUCGAUUCGAGAAUCCACGCUCCCAACUUUCUGAGUAAUCUUGUGGGAUUUGUGUUAAAAUUGAGGAACGUGGGUGUGCCGGAUCACGGAUUGAUCAGAGAGCUGUCCUCGCCGCUGGCAGGGUCUUUGUACACUGGAGAAGGUCAUUCAAGACUGUAUGAAGACGACGCCGUGUACCAUCUCGCCAUUGCCUUUACCCUGGAGACAACCUCUACUAAAGACGUCGCUAUAUCCAGCUCGAAGCGACAGGCUCUCUCGACGACCGGUGGCGGCGGCAGCGGUAGCGGCGGCAGUAGCACCAGCGCGACCACGAAUCCAUAUAUCCUCCCGUUCGCGAUGCGCGGAAUCCUCGAAGAAGACAUCGUGAAGAAGGAACUCCGAGAUGAAGCGAGACAGCUGCUCGAACAGUUUGACGAGUGGGAACCGAAAACCAAAGUGUUGAAGGACGUCAAGUUCAGGCUCGAGGGCAUCAGGUCGCAGUUGUACUAA